GUGGCCGCCUGCCGACCUUCGCGCGCUGGGCGAUGCGGAGCCCGCCUCGGCCGCGGCCCGCGGGGCUCCGCCAGUGCGCGCCGAAGGGGUUGGCGCGCUGGACGGCGGCGAGCUACGCAGGCCGCCCUACCAGUUUCAGGACUGCUUCUGCCUGCAUUGGGCGGACGUGCGGAAGGAGCCGCCGCGGGCAUUGGAGCGCGAGGUGCUGAUGGGCUUCAGGCGGAGCCGCAGCGUGCUCUGCAUGAGCAGCUCCUCCGCGAAAAGCGACCCCGAGCGCCUCGAGGCCCUGCGGCGGUCGCUCGUUGGGAACUCGUUCCAGUGCGAGGUCGUACCCUGGUGGCUGAGCCUCUGGGCGGUGCGCCACUCGAUGCUGGUGGCAGUGCCGUCCCUGCGGAGCCUCCACGAGAGCUCGAGGGGCUGUUCGAUAAGCCGCAGACUCUGGGCCGGCGACGUGGAGGCGCCGCGGUGUGGGCGCGAGGCCGCGUGCGAGGAGAACCCGCACCUGGGGGAGAUGGCUGGCCGCGCGCCCGGAGCGGGCGCUGGGCAGGAGGCACGCGCGCGGUCUACGUCGGCCGCGGCUGGCGCCGCUGGGGGCUCGGCCCCUCCAAGUGGGGAACCCGUGCUCCGUGGUGCCGAGGCGGCCGGCCGGCGAGCCCUGCCGCGCGGCGUCCUGCUGGCGGAGCUGGAGCAGCGCGACAAGAGGUGCCCCCGGCCCUUCCUGGAGCCGCAGAGGGCGUUGGCCUCGCUGGUGAUGCGUGCCGCCACUCGGGCGCCGACCUUCGAGUGGAUGCUGAUGCAGGGCGUCUGGCAAGAGGCUCCGACGGCAUGA